GUCAGAAACUGUCAAAUUUGUCAAUAAUGCCACUGGCUCUACUUUGCUCAUUGUCGUGAAAAUUAUGGCAAUUUUUUGUGUUUUCCAGCUGUUCCAUGAGAAAAUAACAUACUUUACAGAGUUUUCGUCCACUUGAAAAUUGCUAUAAUAAGCAAUCAACAAACGAUGGAAGACGUAACUUUCAGUGACAAAAUUGAGGCUUAUUUUUCGGAGUUGGGGCGAUGGAAAGUGUGGCGCAGUAUAAUUUUAGGCCAAGCUUUAUCAAUUCUAUUGAGCGGCAAAUGCAUAUUGACGACGCUCCUUCAGAGCGCGACUUGGCAGUUUCCAACAACCGGGCAGCUCGUGCUGCCGUAUGUUACACUGUUUAUAUUAUUUACCCCGACCUUGUUGUGUAAUGGAUUAAAAAAAAUAUCCAAAAGAUGGUGGAUUAUUCUCAUCGCUUGCGCACUGGACGUGGAAGCUAGCUGGCUGUUGGUAAUGUCACAGCGCUACACGUCAGUCCUGAGCUGACAGCUGCUUGCGUGCAGCGGUGUGGGCGCUGCAUUGGUGGGAGGAGCGUGGCGAGGCCAGAGGCUGGGGGUGGCGCACGUCGCCGGCGCCACGUUGGGGUUAAUGGCCGUGGUUUGUGUGGUCUGGGCUGACGUGGAAGGCGCCCCUACUGAUGGCAAAAAUCAGCUGGUCGGUGACAUGCUAUGCCUAGGGGGCUCCCUUCUUUAUGCCAUGGUGACUGUCCUCCAAGAUAUGAUGCUCAAAACGCAGUCUUGCUCAGACUACUUGGCCUUAUUAGGCCUCAUUGGCAGUAUUGUGUCGUGCACUCAAACAUUCUUCGUAGAGUUCCACGAGCUAAUGCUCUUCAACUGGUACGAUCUUGACACCAUCGUACAGCUGGGAAGCUACUGCACCACGCAGACAAUAUUCCAGAUACUGCAAUGCUUUAUGCUCAGAGAUGCGGGCUCAAUUAUUUUGCAUUUAUCGUUUUUAUCAGCAGAUUAUUACACACUUAUUGCUGGAAUGUAUAUUUUUCAAUUCAAGUUCCACGCGCUAUACUUCCUGUCUUACUUCCUUGCAAUGGUGGGCGUGUUCCUAUUCAGCUCGCGCGUCACCAGUCCGCCGCCGCCGCCGCCCGCGCUGCCUCAGCUCGUCAACGACUCCGUGCAGUCGCAGGACAACGUCUCUAUGGAAUACACCGUACCAACCCUAGAUUGCAUUCCCAUAGAGGGCCUGGAGCCGCCCAUCAGCAGAGACACGACCUUCACCUCGUUCCUGGGAGGGCCUCACACCACCAUGGCCAAUGGCAGCGUGACUUUCGCCCAGACCAACGGCACCAAGGAACCGUCUUAGUGCUGUAAGAUUAAAUUUAGUAUUUUAUGGAGAAUAGAGCUAAAUCUAUGACAUUGACUUGAUACUUGGCCUGAGAAGUAUUUUUCUUGGUCCAAAAAAAAAUUGGCUUGUCGACAAUGCGCAAUUCCAGUUGAAAUAUUAGCUACCCAAAGCAUGUGUAUAUGAGGAAUUGAGAGUUUCCUCUGCUAAAAAAACCUUAAAGACUCCACUAUAUGAGUGGUAUUUCCAGAAUGGAUAUACUUUUUUCAUUUUGUCAUUACCUAUCAGUAAAAUUGAAUUUCAUUGAUACACUUAUUUUGCAAAAUAAGGACUCAGAACUAAAAAAAGAUUUAUCCCCCUAUCCUUCCUUAGUCGAUCUUCAGAUGUUCUUGGAAGAUUUAACACAAGCCAUUGAAGCCAUAUUGUUGCCUAAAAACAAGAUAAUGUACAAAUUGGUGUUAUUUGAUAGGAAGGAUUAGACUUGUAGAUAAACUUAGCUUGCACUGUCAGCUGUAAAACAUGGGUUAGAUAAUUUUAGCGGCCAUGGCUCAUGCUAGUUAGGAGCUCAGAUUCAUUGCAACACAUACAAAGAAUAAAGAACUAAAGAUUUUUAAAAUACAAUAACAUAACGCACAAUAGUUACUAAAAUAGUGAGACGAAUAAUUUAUAGCAAAAAAGUCUUUUACGCGUGAAUUGAUUCAAUUUGCACCCAUAUUUUAAUCAGAGAUGAAGAAGGAAACAGAAUUCAAUGGGCUACAGAAUUUUUUCGUCUAUAAGAUUUGCCCGCGAGUGGCGGUUUGGUAUUCCUAAAAAGUAAGCAAAAGUUAACCCUAUAGGCCUACCGUUUUAACGGCUAUAUCACGUACGUUUUAUAACAAAUUCAUCAAUCAUAAUCGUAUAAGAAACUAGUCAUUAGUGUAAGGUAUGUAAGAGCUAUAUUAGCGCACAGUUAUAUCCAGAUCACUUUUAAGCAAAUAUAGUUUUUCCUAUGAAUCUAUUUAGCAAUAAUCGACCACUAAUCUCGAUAUUGAACGAAUACUGCCACAUACUCGAAUUUUUACUCAAAUUUUUUAAUGAAAAAUAUUAACAUUUAGAAACGUUUGUAUGAAAUUUUAAAAGUAGUUUCUACGAGUGAUAAUGUAUUGGAAUUGUAUAACAUUGAAUAGAAAAAUAUUUAGGGUACGUACGGAGAUUUAGGUAUCAAGGUAAUAUAGAAAAAAUUGAAGUAGAAACCGCUGCGUAAACAUUAACUUGUGGUGACCAAUUUGUUUCGAGUAAAGAUAGAUUUAAAAGUUUUUCAUACUUAUUAACAUUUUACAGUAUUUAUCCAGUAUUAUUAGCAGAAACUGUAAGGUAUAUUAUCAAAAGACAUAAACCUAGAUCUCUAAAAUAGUUUCAGCGGUUUUUACAAUCUUAUUAAGUCUAUUAGGUAAGAUAAACUGUGAUUUUAGUUUCCAAAUUGAAUAUUUUAAUUAUUGUUAUUUCCUUUUCUCAGAUUUUAGUGAUAUUGCAGAGUUAUUAUGUAAUUUUAAACCACUUUAUUGUCCGCAAACGUAACCAAAAAUAUAGAUUUAACUUGCAAAGGCAAGAUAUUAUAUGCCUUAAAAAUGUAAAUUGUUUUAUAUUAUUGUAGUGGUCCGAAUACUGUCCAGUUAUUUACAGUUACACAAUGAAAAUGUUUAUUAGAUUAUUAUAAAUUAGGCAUACAUAAAAUAUUUGGGUUACUACUACUACCGUGUUCGGUGUAUACUAGGAACACGGAGACUGACACCACGUGCUAACCGAUCAUAAUCUUUACGUGCGAGGCGUGUGCGCAUAAGUACUAUAUCCAAACGUCCUUCAUUUAAAGUUUUCCUAUGAAUGAGAACAAUAUAUUCAGUAUCAGUAUAGUAUAGGACCACUAUAUCUUUAUAUUCUCUAAAGUUUAACGUUCUAGCUUGAAAUAUUUAUUUAUCAAAGCUGUUUCUGCCGUGUUAUAUUGACGCUCAAUUAUUAGAGGUAAGAUAUUAUGCGUAAUUUUUCUAGUCCAAUUAGUCCAUUAGGUAAUUUAUUAAUCUCACUCUCCGAUGUUAUUUUGUUUGAAUAAAUAUUAUCUGUUUCGUGUGGAAUGGGAAUGGUUGUGUUAAUUAAACCUUAAAUCGAUAAAAAUAAAGUAUAUUAUUGUAAGCUAUUAAUAAAUUGUUGUUAUCUUUUAUAGAAAAAUAUGAAUCUCAACACAAUGUUGGGCUAAGAGUUGAACCCCAUUGAAACUUUUGUUACUUAUAUCAAUUUGUUGUUUUUAAACUACAAAAAUAAUACGCAUGUUUGAUUUACGAGCAAACUAAACAAGUGUCUUUGGAAAUAUUCUAUUAUGGAUUUGAAUUUGUAAAAUAUACAAAAUUUUCAUGAAAACUGU